GUAUUUCCGGUUUGGAUUAUUUCAUCCAUGCUCCCGAAGCGGUGAUUUUCUUUCCCCCCACCACCGAAGGCGAAUUGAAGAAGAAAACCCGGUAAAACCACCGCGACGAUGUUCAAACUGGAAGGACUCGGACCUAAAAUGGACCCAGAGGAGAUGAGGAAGAAAAUGCGACAGGACGUGAUCUCGUCUUUGAGAAACUUCCUUAUUUACGUCGCUCUUCUCAGAGCCACUCCAUAUGUGUUAAAGAAGCUGGACAGCAUAUGAGUGGAGCAGCUGGUCUUUUCUCUCCUCCAUCCACUGAGUUUCCUGCAUCAGAGACAGUGUGGACCAUCAUCACAAGCAGACAGCUGGGGGGGGUCCACCAUGUGACAGCUCAACCUGCGGGGAGACGACCAGCUUCUGACCAACACCACACCAGAGAAAACAAAACCUGUUCUCAUCUCCAGUCUUGUUCCACUGUAGUCUACCUUUUUUUUUUGGUUUGUUUUUUGUUAAAUAUAUUGUGAUAUUUGUUGAAUGCAGUGCUUGACAGUGUGCACGCCUGCUGCGUCACACAAUAAAGAGAAACUAUGCUGAA